GAGCCCCGCCUCUAAGUGACCCGGAAGUUUUACUUGUGACCGCGGCUUUCCCUCCCACAAUCCCUCGCGCUCUUCCUUUCCAACUUGGGCCCGGCAGAAUGGCUCCCGCAAAGAAGGGUGGCGAAAAGAAGAAGGGCCGUUCUGCCAUCAACGAGGUGGUGACCCGAGAAUAUACCAUCAACAUUCACAAGCGCAUCCAUGGAGUGGGCUUUAAGAAGCGUGCCCCUCGGGCACUUAAGGAGAUCCGGAAAUUUGCCAUGAAGGAGAUGGGGACUCCAGAUGUGCGCAUUGAUACCAGGCUCAACAAAGCUGUCUGGGCCAAAGGAAUAAGGAAUGUCCCAUAUCGUAUCCGUGUUCGGUUGUCCAGAAAACGUAAUGAGGAUGAAGAUUCACCAAACAAGCUCUAUACUUUGGUAACUUACGUCCCAGUUACCACAUUCAAAAAUCUCCAGACAGUGAAUGUAGAUGAGAAUUAACUUUCAAAUAAAGUUAUAAAACUGCC